AUGGGUUCUUAUCCGAAUCCGCCCCCAGCUCCUAGAUUCACCCAUACUCCGGAGACGCUGAAGAAAGACACCCAGCGUAUCAUCGAAAGCUCGCGUAAGCUCGAUGACACACUUGCCGCAGAGAUCACCCCAGAGAGUGCUACCUUCGAGAAUGUUGUCAAGCCUUUGUCUGAAGAUGAAAACUACAUGAGUCUCGAGGUUGCCAUAUUGGGUUUCUAUCAGUAUGUCAGCACAGACAAGGCUCUGCGUGAUGCUAGUAGCGAGUCCGAGAAGGAGCUUGAGGAAUUUGGCAUCGAAUCUUCUAUGCGUCAAGACAUUUACAAGCUGGUUUCAGCUGUUGCCGCAAAGAAUGAGUCUGGUUUAGACCCAGAGUCACUCCGUCUCCUAGAAAAGAUGAACAAGGAUUACAUCAGGAACGGUUUGGCCCUUCCAGAAGACAAACGCGAGCGUUUCAAAGAGAUCAAGAAGGAAUUGUCAACCCUUGGUAUUGAAUUCUCAAAACGUCUCAACGAGGAGAACGGUGGAAUUUGGUUUACUCCAGAGGAGCUCAAAGGCGUCCCAGAAGAUGUUUUGGGUGGUUUGAAGAAAGGUGACGGAGAGAAUGAGGGAAAGCUUUGGUUGACUUUCAAGUACCCUGACCUUUUCCCGGCCAUGAAGUACGCAGUCAAUCCAGAGACAAGGAAGAAGAUUUUUAUUGGCAACGAGAACAAGUGCAACGAGAAUGUGGCAGUCUUUAAGAAAGCCAUUGAACUUAGAGAUGAGAAGGCUAGGCUCUUAGGAUUCAAGUCCCAUGCUGAAUUUGUUCUCGAUGCUAAGAUGGCAAAGACUCCUGAGAAGGUUUAUGAAUUCCUCAACGACCUGCGGGAGAGGCUUAUCCCCGGCGGAGAGAAGGAAAUUGCUCGGUUAAGAGAGUUCAAGAAGGCUGACACCCAGGCGAACAAUGUGACUGAUGAUGGACAUUAUUAUCUCUGGGAUCACAGGUAUUAUGACCGUAUGCUUCUUGAGAAUGAGUACAAGCUCGAUGCUCAGAAAGUAGCCGAGUACUUCCCUAUUGCACAUACGAUUGAAGGAAUGAUGAAGAUUUUCGAGACCCUAUUUGGGUUGGAAUUUGUUGAGGUCACGGGUGACGAAAAGCAUGUCUGGCACGAGGAUACCAAGCAGUUCCGCGUUUAUAACGAGAAAUCAACAGACGGCGCGGAGCAGGAAUUUGUUGGAUGGCUUUACCUUGAUCUCCACCCCAGAGAAGGCAAAUAUGGACAUGCAGCCAACUUCAAUUUGCAACAGGGUUUCUUAGACAAGGAAGGGACGAGGCGUUAUCCUGCAACUGCGCUCGUCUGCAAUUUCUCCAAGCCAACAGAAAAGAAACCAUCUUUGCUACAGCAUGAUGAAGUGGUGACCCUUUUCCAUGAACUUGGUCACGGUAUCCACGACCUCGUUGCAAGAACUCGCUAUGCACGGUUCCACGGUACGAAUGUUGUUCGUGAUUUCGUGGAGGCACCUUCUCAGAUGCUUGAAAACUGGUGUUGGACCGCAUCUGAGAUUAUCUCUCUUUCGUCACACUAUGAAACUGGCCAGAAGAUUCCCGAAGAUCUUGUCAAGACCAUAAUCAACACCAAGCAUGUUAAUGACGCGCUCUUCAACCUCCGUCAGCUUCACUUUGCCUUCUUCGACAUGAAGGUCCACACUUUGCAGGCUCAUGAGGAUGUAAAGAAACUUGACCCUACUAUUGAAUACAACAAACUCCGCACGGAGAUUACACUCUUGGACCCACCACAAGGGCUAGGUGAUGACUAUGGUCACGGUGAAGCCACCUUCGGGCAUCUCAUGGGCGGGUAUGAUGCUGGUUACUACGGAUACCUUUGGUCCCAAGUAUUUUCAACCGACAUGUUCUACUCGGCGUUUAAGGCAGAUCCGAUGAACGGUGUCCAGGGAAGGCGGUACCGCCAUACUGUACUUGAAAGAGGUGGAAGUCAAGAUGAGAUGGAAACCCUCAAGCAAUUUUUGGGUAGAGAGCCUAACUCAGAUGCGUUUUUCGAAGAUUUGGGACUCUCAAAGAAAUCGUCUUAG